AUGUCCAAUAAGGUAAUACGAUCGGGCCACAGAAGAACAAACGAUGAUGGGGUGAAUUACAACCCUCAGACUGUACUGGGGCAAAUCUCGAAGUCUGAAAUGGGAUCCGCCAUCAGGAAAGAAGAACAUUCUCAGGACACACUGAAGAAAGAGAAGAUAAAUGACGAUCUGACUAAUAAGAAUAAUGAUGUUUCUGUCACGUUCAACGCUGGAGCGUAUCAGAGCUCUUCGGAGACUAUUAUUUACCAUCCUACGAAUGCAGAAACGGCGCAUAUUUUCGACUUGAUUAUGAACUGGGUGCACUCAUAUUUGACAGAUGCUUCCCACGAUGUAAUAUUAUCUGCCUCAGAUACGGUUUUGGAGAUCAUCAAGGUUGAAAGUUCAAACUCGUUGUCCCAAAGUCGCAAAGUUAUCUCGGAAUUGUUGGAUACAGAGGUGCUGGAUGAAGAGUUUAAUGAGUUGGUUCAGCUUGGGAAGAGAAUAACAGACUAUAGUAAAAGCAAUAACGAGGACGACGAACUCGAAGGUGAUGUUGUAGAUGAUUCCAACUCCUUGGCUGUAGCGUUUGAAGAUGACGAUGAGGCUGAAAAUGAAGAGGAAUACGAGAACGACAUCGAGGGUGACGCAGUCAAUGGUGCUCAGCUGGCCGAUGAGGAGAAUGAGGCCUUAGAGAAUGAAGCUGUGAUAGAAUCUGGUGAACAGAGCAGUAGCGCCGAUGGUUUAGUUGUACCACUCCAUUCAAUUGAUGAAUUUUACCUCCAGAGAAAUGUUGCCAGCCUCUUGAAAAGUGACCCUGAGUCCAUAGCAGCUACUACAGAUUCAUUGUACAGUAUACUAUCAGACUACGAAAAGACGCAGAGAGACUUGGAAAAUGAGUUGAUGGAUCUUUUCCAGUAUGACCAUUUUGAUUUCAUCAAGCUAUGUGUAGAAAACCGCUGGAGAAUCGUCUUCAAAUUGAAAUGGAUCAAACAGCAGUCCAAGGAACAAAUAGCUAAUGAUAUGGCUGAUUUGAAGUUAAAUGAACUUCUCGAUGAGUUGGAAGACUUCGAUGGAAUUGGGAAAAGUAGUAAGAAAAGAAAAUUGUCUGGAACACCGGAUGAAGAAGUAAAAGAUCAAGCUACGGCUUCCAAGAGAAAUAAACUUGCUCGGAAACGUGAGCCUAAAAUUGUCGAUUUAGACGCUCUAAGCUUUGACCAGGGUUCUCACUUAAUGACAGCUACCAAGGUCAAACUCCCAAAGGGUUCUUAUCAACAAAAGAAGAAAUUAUACGAUGUUAUAACCAUCCCAGCGCCUGAACUGCCACCAAGCUUAGAAGAAACAGGAGAGUCAUUGGUGAAUAUUUCUAGUUUACCAGAAUGGUGUCAAUGUGUCUUCCCAAGUUCAGAAACCACUUCAUUAAAUAGAAUUCAGUCUAAAGUGUUUCCGCUGGCUUUCGGUAAUGAUGAGAAUUUAUUAUUAUGUGCACCCACUGGUGCUGGUAAAACCAAUGUUGCUAUGUUAGCUAUGUUACGUACCAUUGAAAAUCACAGGAAUAAAGAAACCGGCAUCAUUGACUUGAAUAGUUUCAAAAUUGUUUAUAUAGCUCCUUUGAAGGCUUUGGUACAAGAACAGAUGAGGGAAUUUCAAAGAAGGUUAACUCCUAACUUUGGCAUAGUUGUCAAUGAAUUGACUGGUGAUUCUAGUCUCAGUAGACAACAAAUUCAGGAAACCCAAGUUAUAGUGACAACACCCGAAAAAUGGGAUGUAAUCACGAGAAAGUCUAGCUCUGAUUUAUCCAUUACCCAUAUUACUAAGCUUAUUAUCGUUGAUGAAAUCCAUUUGUUGCAUGAUGAAAGAGGUCCUGUAUUGGAAGGUAUUAUAAGUAGGACCUUGAGGCAAUCUGAGAUUGUCUCACCUGUUAGGAUAGUGGGUCUUUCUGCCACAUUGCCAAAUUAUACGGACGUCGCCACAUUUUUGAAGGUUGACGCUGAUUCAAACUUAUUUUACUUCGACUCUUCAUAUAGACCAUGCCCCUUGGAACAACAAUUUAUUGGAAUAAAGGAAAAGAAAGCUAUUAAAAAAUUAAAUGCUAUGAAUGAGGCUUGCUAUGAUAAGGUACUCGAAUGUGCUAAAAAUGGCCAUCAAUUGAUUAUCUUUGUUCAUUCGAGAAAAGACACUAUGAAAACUGCUAAAUGGAUUGCUGAUAAAUUGAUUGAAGAGAGAAAACAUGACUUGAUCUUGAAAGAAGACUCUGCAAUUAACGAAAUAUUGAAACAAGAAUCUCAGUCUAUGAAAAAUAACAACUUGAAACAAAUCAUCCCUUUGGGUUUCGGAAUUCAUCACGCUGGUUUAGAGAAAACCGAAAGACUGACGGUAGAAGAUUUAUUCGCACAGGGCCAUAUUCAAGUUUUGGUCUCUACUGCUACUUUAGCAUGGGGUGUUAAUUUGCCCGCGCAUACUGUUGUCAUCAAAGGCACAGAAACGUACUCUCCUGAGAAGGGAUCUUGGGUACAACUAUCACCACAAGAUAUUCUUCAAAUGCUAGGUAGAGCUGGUAGGCCUAGAUAUGACAAAUCUGGUGAAGGUGUAAUUAUUACGUCUCAAGAAGAAAUCCAAUAUUAUCUUGCCAUUCUAAAUCAGCAGCUUCCAAUUGAAUCACAAUUAAUGGCAAAAUUAGCAGAUAACAUAAACGCAGAGAUAGUAUUGGGUACAAUCAAAUCCAGAGAGGAUGCUGUUAAGUGGCUAGGAUACACGUAUCUCUAUGUCAGAAUGAUGCAUUCGCCUGGAAUUUAUAAAGUUGGAGCAAAUUACAAGGAUGAUAAAAAUUUGUACUGGAAACGAGUGGAUCUUGCACAUUCCGCAUUUACUGUGCUUUCCGAUAACAAGUUAAUUAUUUAUGAUGAACUUAAUGAUCAUGUCAAGGCGACUGAUUUGGGAAAGAUCUCAUCCCAUUUCUAUAUAAAUUAUCCAACCAUUAAUAUGUUCAACAGUAAACUAAAACCAUGGCAAACUGAAAUUGAAAUCAUUAGAAUUUUUGCAAAUGCAGGGGAAUUUAAGUACAUUGCAAUCAGGCAAGAAGAAAAAAUGGAAUUAGUCAAGUUGAUGGAAAAAUGUCCUAUUCCUAUCAAGGAAAGUGCAAAUGAUCCAUUAGCUAAGGUGAACGUUUUACUUCAAACUUAUAUUUCGAAAUUAACUUUGGAUGGGUUUGCGUUGAUGUCUGACAUGAUUUACGUUACACAAUCCGCUGGUAGAUUACUAAGGGCUAUCUACGAAAUUUCAUUGAAAAAAGGUUGGGCAUCCUUAACAAAGGUGGCCCUUAAUUUAGUAAAAAUGGUCGAGAAGAGAAUGUGGUUGAGUAGCUCUCCAUUUAGCCAGUUCGACCAAGAAGACGUACCAAAGGACAUAAUCAGGGCAACCCAAAAGUCUCAUUUGCCAUGGAUGUCUUAUUUUACCUUGUCUGCCUCAGAAUUAGCAGAAGCUGUAAAUUUAAAGAGUAACAGUAAUAAAGCGUAUGAAUUGUUACAUCAAUUUCCCAAAUUAUCUUUCAGCUACACAGCUCAGCCUAUUACUCCUUCUUUGUUAAGGAUUCAUCUUGAAGUCCUUCCGGAAUGGAACUGGAGCAUUAAAAACUCUGGUAAUUUUGAGCCCUUUUUACUUAUGAUUGAAGAUUGUGACGGUGAAAAGAUCUUGUUCUCAGAUCAAUUUUUGGUCUACCGUAACUAUGUCAAUGAAGUCCAUUAUUUAGACUUCACAGUUCCUAUAAACGAACCUAUGCAGCCCUUAUAUUUUGCUACGUUGAUUAGUGAAAAAUGGUUACACUCCGAUUGGAAAUUACCACUAAUGUUAGAAGACAUAAAAUUGCCCAAAAAGUUCCCUCCAUUCACGGAACUACUUGAUUUGCAAUCUAUUCCAGUUGUAGAAUUGAAGCAGCCAGAUUUUAUCAACUAUUAUAGUGAUGAAUUCUCUUUCUUCAAUAAGUUUCAGUCUCAGGCUUUUAAACAACUAUAUGAAUCUAAUGACAAUGUGUUCCUUGGGGUAGCAAAGGGCUCUGGUAAGUCUAUAUGUGCUGAAUUGGCAAUAUUGAAUAAUUGGUGUCAAAACAAGGGGCGUGUUAUUUAUAUUAACCCAACUCAAGAACUUAUAGAUCUGAAAUUAAAAGACUGGAAGAAAAAAUUUAGCUCACUGGGAAGAAUCUUCAGUAAAUUAACUGGAGAUUUGAAGUCCGAUAUUUCUGUUUUAAAUUCAAGUCAUGUUACAUUGGCCACACCUGACCAAUUUGAUCUUGUUUCAAGGCGUUGGAGGCAAAGAAAGGUAAUUCAAUCUAUAGAAUUGAUGAUACUAGAUGAUGUGCAUAUGGUUGGAACAAGUAGUACCAUUGGAAUGAUUUACGAAUCAAUCAUCUCAAGAAUCAAGCUAAUGUCUAGUCAUCUAGAAAAUUCUAUUCGUUUAGUCGGCUUAUCUACCCCAUUAGCAAAUGGUAAAGAUUUUGCAGAGUGGCUAGAAUGUUCAAAAUCGGGUAUCUUCAAUUUCAGCCCUCUCAGUCGAUCAAACAAAAUAGGUGAAAUUAAGUUACAGGUUGCUCAGCAAAGCAAUUCUUCUUCGGGAAUAGACUCUACAGUUAUAAAUACUGUUUUUUCCCAUUUAAUGGAAAACUUUUCCUUAGAUGAAGACUCAAGAUCCUUGAUAUUCGUCCCAACUAGAAAGCAUUGCAUAGACAUAGGCCUAGAAUUACUUUCUCUUGCUCAAGCAACUGCUGACUUUUCUCUAAAGAGAAUAGAAGAUGCAUCAAUUGAACCUUAUUUACUUAAACUAACAGAUAAGACGCUCAAGGAAUCUAUAUUGAAUGGUAUAGCGUAUUACUAUGAAGGAAUGAAUCCAUAUGAUAAAUUAAUUGUUGAUAAAUUAUACUCGAGCAAUGUCAUACUGAUUUUGCUUGCAGAAAAGGAAUGCUGCACAUUUGCACCUACAGCAAAUCAAGUUGUAAUUCUCACUACUAAGCAGUAUGACGGAAAAGAACAUAGAUUUGUGGACUAUGCUAUCAAUGAUAUAUUGGAAAUGAUAGGUUGUUGUCAAGCUGAUAAUAGCAAUUCUAAAGUGCUAAUCUUGACAAGCACUAAUAAAUUGGCGUAUUAUCAAAAAUUUCUAAAUGAAGGGUUACCCAUUGAAAGUUUUAUGGACUCCUACUUCCAUGACUCAUUUACCUCUGAAAUAGGACUAAGAACAUUUAAAACUAGGCAAGAUUGUAUUGAUUGGUUAACUUUCACAUUCUACUACAGAAGAUUGCAACAAAAUCCUAGUUUUUAUGGCUUGAAAGACACAUCCCAUAUAGGGCUAUCGGAAUAUUUAUCUGACCUUAUUGAGAAUACUUUGAAGGAAUUACAAGAAGCAAAACUUGUUGAAGUUCAAGAUGAUGACGAUGAAGAUGAUGAUGAUGAUGAAGAUGAAGAUGAGGAAGAUGAGGAGCUUACUCCAUUAGAUGGCGCAAUGAUCUCGGGCUACUAUAAUAUUUCGUAUUUGACCAUGAAACAAUUUACUCGCUUGACUAAUAAAACUAAAAUGAAAGAGAUUCUUGAAAUACUUACAAAUGCUGCUGAAUUCGAAUCCUUACCUAUUCGUGAAAAUGAGUCUAGAAUUUUGAGUAAAAUCUACGCACGUAUUCCAGUGAAAGUAGCAAAUGUGAAUUAUGAUUCUCCCCACUUUAAAGCAUUUAUUCUACUUCAGGCCCAUUUCUCCAAAUUCAAAUUGAAUUCGAUUGAUUUAAGUUUGGACCAAAAAUUCGUGCUUAAAAAAGUAUUGAAUAUUCUCUAUGGAUGUAUCGAUACCUUAUCUAGUGAUGGCUUUUUGAAUGCAUUAAACGCUAUGGACUUGUCUCAAAUGAUUGUUCAAGGAGUGUGGGACGGAGACAGUCCACUUAAGCAAAUACCUCAUUUUGACAAUAAAGAAAUUUUAGAGAGGUGUGCCAAGGGUAAUGUUGAAAGUGUCUACGACAUCAUGUCCUUGGAAGACGAAGAAAGAGAUGAAAUUUUGCAAAUGUCUGGUGAAAAAUUAGACAAAGUUGCAGAAUUUGUGAAUCUGUAUCCAAAUGUUGAUAUCAGCUAUUCCAUUGAUUUGAGUAAACCAAUUAAACAUGACGAGCCACAUGAAAUUACAGUUACUUUAAAUAGAGACGAAGAGGUAGAAGAUCUAACAGUGGUUUCUGGUGCAUACCCUUUCACAAAGAAGGAAAGCUGGUGGGUUGUAGUUGGAGAUAAUAAGACAAGACAACUUUAUGCAAUUAACAAGACUACUAUUGCAAAGGAGACACAAGAUGUGACACUAGAAUUUACCAUUCCAAACGCUGGUCAUCAUAAUUUAAGCGUGUGGUGCAUUUGUGAUUCUUACCUCGAUACAGAUAAAGAAGUGAGUUUUGAAGUGGAAGUAUUAUAG